AUGAAUAACAAUUUAGAAAAUCAAAGAGAAGUUGAAGAAACAGAAGAAACAAAUGAUAUAUUUUUAUACAAUAAUGAAACAGCUAAUGAAGGAGAAUCAUGUAAUAUUUUAUGUUUAUUUCUUUUCUUUAUUUCAUUAUUUUUUAUUAUGGUAAUAACUGCUGAUAAUUCAUCUCCAAAUAAUGAAUAUGAUAAUAGCAAUAAUAGAGAUUCAGACAUUUUAAAUGAUUCAAGAAAUGAUAAAAUUAUGAAUGAUAUUUUAGAUAAUAUAUUAAUUCAAAGUUUAAAUUUUAAAGGUUAUUACAAAAUUAAGGAUACUACUACUACUAAUUAUUUAUUAAAUAAAUCCGAUAAUGAUUUAAACAUAAAAAAGGGAAAAUUUGAAGCAAAAUUAAUUACCUUAAAAUUAGCUUUAGCUAAUGCUAGUAAAUCCUACAUUUUUUUUCAUUUCGAGCCUUCUAAAAAUGAAUUAAAAAAAAUAAAAAAUAAAAAAAAAAAUAAAAAAUAUCAGUUUAUAGGAUUAAGUGGAAUAAAUAUUAACAAAAGUAAUGACUAUAUUUUUAAUGGAAUUGGUUAUAAUGUAGCUAAUUUUUGUCAAAAAUUUAAUGAAAAAUGCUUAUGUAAUUACACAGUAAAUAUUAAGCAAUAUUUAAGUAACUAUGAAUCUACUUCUUUAAGAGAGCUAGAUGAGUCAUAUUUAUAUUCAUUAAAAAAUUACUUAUUGAAUGAAACUGAAUAUUAUGAAAGUUCAAUAUUUCAUCAAUAUUAUGAGAAUUAUGAAAAAUACAUAAAUAAUAUUAAUAAUUAUUACGAUAAAAAUUUUAUUAAAAACAAUGAUGAUUUUAAUGCAAGUAAAGAAGAAGAAAACAUAAAAGAAAUUUAUGGUGAAGAUAAAGAGUUAAAUACUGAUAUAAAAAAACAAUCUUCAAAUGCUAAUAUAAAAAAUGUUCAUAAUCAACAAAUUAUGUUACAAUUAGAAGGUAAAACAAAGGAUAUUAAAAGUGGUAGUAGUAGUAGUAAUAUAAUAAAUGAAGAUGAAAAAAAGGAUUAUAUAAAUACGACCGGUGAAAAUAUAUCAAAUGAAAAAAAAGAUAAUCAUGAAUCAUAUAAUGCAACCAAUAAUAAAAAGACAUCAACAAAUAAUGAAAAUGACGUAACGAACGAGGAAAAAAAUAGCAAUUUUUCUAAUACGAAUAAAGAAGAUAUAGAAACAAAUGAUAGUGAUUAUGAAGGUUAUAUUAUAUCAAAUAAUUGCAAUUUGUUUAUAUCAUUUAAUGGAGACGAUAUAGAUAAAAGUUAUAUAUCUAAUAAAAUUACGAAUUUUUCAAUUUUGUUUAAUAUAAAAUCAUUAAUAGAAUUAGGGUUGUUUUGGGCACAAAUAGGAAACAGUGAAAAUAUGCGCAAUGCUUCAAAAAUAUCAAUAAUAUCUAUUUGUUUAAAUUCUUUUAUAGAAAUAUUUGAAUCUUUGUUACUUUUAUACGAAGUAAUGUUAUCAAGAUUAUUACUAAUUCAUUUUAUUAUAAUGGUUCUAUUAAAGUUUCUUUUAUUCACACUAAUGGAGGUCAGAUAUGUUUUAAUCAUUUGGAAAGCUAAUCAUCAACAAGACAUUAAUGACGGAUGGGAAUAUAUGCAAAGAAAAUUAAGUAAAUUAUAUAAAUAUUAUUAUGGAAGUAUAUUAGUAUUAAUUAUUUUAUUUUAUUAUGUUUUUCCAUUAUUCCCAUGUGUAUUACUAGUAUUAUAUUUAUGUUGGUUGCCCCAAAUACUCCUAGAUAUAUGGAAAGGUCAAAGAAAUUCUAUUAAUUUAAAAUUUGUUUUUUUUUUAUCAUUAUGCCGAUUAUUUUUACCUAUUUAUAUAUUUAUUUAUCCUUAUAAUAUUUUUCAAUUAGAUGUAUUUGCACAAGUAAUUGACACAUCUAAUAUGACAUUCAGUAUUUUACUAAUAGCCAUUAUAGCUAUUCAAUUAAUUUUUAUGUUUAUUCAAAGAAUAUACGGGCCUCGAUACUUUGUUAAUAUUGAUAUAUUACCACAUGUUCAUAAUUAUUAUAAAACUAUUGACGCUAACUUUGAGUCAGGAAUACCUGAAUGUGUAAUAUGUAUGUAUGAUAUUCUUUUAAAAGAUAAAAAAUAUUGUGUAACUCCUUGUUAUCAUAUAUUUCAUGAAAAAUGUUUACAACAAUGGAUGAACAUAAAGUUAGAAUGCCCUACUUGUAGAGGUGCUCUACCAAAUUUUCCUUAA